AUGGUAAUUUUUUCAACUGAUAGAGCCCUGAGGAGUUUGUUGACCUCUGCAUUGAUUCGCCUGGAGCAAGAAAAAAAAGAGGCUAUCGAGAAGGAGAAGAGAGAAAUCGUCGAACAACAAAUUCGAGAGGAACAAUUGGAAAAGUCGAUCCAGUACAUACGCGACGUGAUAAAUCUAUUCAUGGAACAUUCGAAGGCUGAAAGGGAACAAUCUGAAGUGAAGUCUGUACUAAAAUCGAUAACAAAAGUUCCCAAAGAAACUGAAAGGUUGACUGGAUCGAGCAAAGUAUUACCAGUUGAACAGUCGAAGGAUAAAUUGAAAAAAUCAUCAUCAUCAAAAGUUGUGUUCAAGCCUGAUAGUGAAAAAAAUUCACCAGAAGAUCAAAAUGUCCCGCCUGAAAAAGAGAAGGUCGGCAAGAAAGCUAAAAAACAAAAAAAGGGCAAGAAAAUCCCUGAAGAGGACGCACCCACAGAAUCAACAAACAAAAUGGAAGUGGAUGUCGAAAAGCCAAAGAAAAAAGGAGGAAAAAAGCAGAAGAAAAUUACUAUGGUUAUUCCUUCUGCUACUGAAGUUCCUUCGGUUACCAAAACUUCUUCCGUUACAAAAACUCCUUCAGAAAUGAAACCUACCUCAAAAACAUUGAUGUCCGUAACUGAACAAGGAUCGGAAUUGUUUUCUUCUAAAACUGACAUGACAGCAGCCGGACCUCGGGUGCAGUCUCAGAGGACAAUGACAUCAUCAGUAAUAUUACCUAGAGGAGGAAGCAGUAAGCUGAGAACAACGUCAAGUCAAAAAUUGAAAAGAUCCUCGAAAAAGUUAGCGUCGAGCAGAAGUCUUGGUCUGGACGAAUCAUUCGAAGAGUACUCUUCCUCUACCGCAUCUUCAGAAGAAGUCGUUAUAAAAGACAAGAAAGAAAAGAAACGUCCACCGAAAAAAGAAAAAAAAUCGAAGAAAAAAACCAGGGAGAAGUCCGACCUUGAUGUCGAAGAGAAACCUGAAGAACCAGUGGAAAAAGAAUACGAUGUAUUGGAGGACAUCGCCAAAAUGAAAGCUGAGUCGAUGCAACGGGCUAUGUCAGAAGUCCAGGAACCUGCGGAAACUGUCGAAGAAGUUGUAGUAGAAGAACCAAAAAAGGUGCCGAAGAAGAAGGUUUCGAAGAAGGAGAGGGCUCGCAUGACGGCCGAAAUGGCGGAGAAGCUGAGAAUAGAGGCCGAGCAAGAAGCUGCGAGAUUGGCCGAAUUAGAGAGGAUUCGCCUGGAGCAAGAAAAAAAAGAGGCUAUCGAGAAGGAGAAGAGAGAAAUCGUCGAACAACAAAUUCGAGAGGAACAAUUGGAAAAGUCGACCCAGUACAUACGCGACGUGACAAAUCUAUUCAUGGAACAUUCGAAGGCUGAAAGGGAACAAUCUGAGUGGCAAUUAUACGUAGAUUGCAGAAAAUUACCCGAUCCUUCGCUUUGUGUCCAAAUGAAUAGAUACCUCCAUUUAUGGGAGAAGGUUAUAGAUGGUACCACUAUGAAGGAGGCGGCGGAUAGAACUAAUGAUGUUCUGCAGUUACUAGAGGAACUGGAGGACCUAAUCGACAACUCUAUUGACGAAGAUGAAAAGAAAAAGGAGAUCUGGAGAUGGGUUCGUCAGUUAUUUAGAGAACAUCAGAAAGAGAGUUUGGAUGUAGCGACAUACAGACUGUUGAGAUGCGUCGAGAAAAAUUUGAAUAGAAUUGAUAUACCUACUGCAGACUUCAAUUAUAAAAAUGACGACAUCAAUCUGAGUAUUUGGUUAAGGGUUCAAUUGCCGAUACCGCUUCCGAAUCCAAGAAGACCUCCGAAAUUUACCGGAGUCGACCAGACGAGAAUGGCGGAUCAGGCAGAAGUACAAAUACGACCAUAGAGACAAGAAGCGCAAACCUGGUACACCGCUUCUUGAACAUGUUGAUUCAAGCAUCAGUGAACGCGCCCUGGCGAAAAAGGAGGAAGAAAAAAAAGAGGCAGCUGAAGAAGAACCCACAGAGUUUGCCUCUGACGAGGAAAUUCCAGUUGUGCCAUACAAAAAACUAGAUCCCACAUCUAGUGAGUUUGCUGUAUCAUUAGAAGGAAAGGCCUACAUGGAUGCCAAGAGAAGUUUGAUGGUGAAGGUUCAUGGAAAUAUUUUGAAUCUGAGGAAAUAUGCGAUUCUAGGUGGUGUGUUUCAUCUUGAUUUACUGUUUCAACCACCCCAACCACAAGAUUUUGUAACCACCGAUAUGACCAUUACUUGCCUUUAUUUGCCGAAAAAGUUAGAACACGUUCCAUUUUCGGUUAUUUACAACCCUCCAGUGCCACCAGAGUCUGGCGUGAAACGGCUACCCGAAGAAAUAGAGGAAGAAAUGAAGAAGCAAGAAGAGGAAAUGGAUAAACUUAUGAUGGUGACUCUAACUUGGCCACUGCAUGUAAUAUUUUUGGAACUGCCUCUUGUGUGCCAAUGGGAUGAAACCAAGAAACACUGGACUAAGGAAAAUAUCCAUGACUUGAAACAUAACGAAGAAAAGUGUACUCUGACUUUCAGAACUGGGUUAUUCGGAAUUUUUGGUCUUGCGGCCGUGAGGUACGCUAACUUGCCGUAUCAAGCUUGGGAAAUUAGACCCGAAGCUGAUGAAUCCGUUACAAUCAACAUUACCGCGACUAUACUGAUAAUUGAGCUCAACAUAAAAAAUGGUUUGAUUUGCAUUACUCAACUUCAAAAUAGUCCAAACAACGCUCUUCAAGAUAUGAUCGGGAUAUAUUUCAAGAUAUACAAACUCAAAAGGAUUAUGAAAGAAGCUGGUGUGGACGUUUUCCCAGAACCCGAUGCAUUCUGCUAUGUUUCUGGUAGUUGUGAGAAGCAGUGGCCAAUGGAGAAGCAUUUGUACAAUAAUAUGGCAAGGCUCAGUAAUGUUUUCAAUUUUGCUUGGUCGAGAUGGAAUUUUCCAGCUGGAAGGAGAAGUAUUGUUCUUCAGAUGAGAGAAUAUUUUCCUAAUAAACCAAAACAGAAAAAUCAUUCUAUGCUUCUUGUUACUCCGUUGAAGUCCACUUAUGUCGACUGUACCGAGGUUAGCCAGGUUUUCUCCGAUCAAGGAAUUGAAAACCAAAAGUUCAGUGCAGAUUUAUUUAACCUCAUGAAAGCUACCAGUGGAAUUGCAGUGAGAAAGAAGGUCCAAAGCGUUUCGAAGGAGAACGUCCACGCCUUAUCGGAACUUUUGAUCUAUAUGAGAAUUCUGAGUCUUUCCUGAAAAAUAAACGUUCAUACGUGAAUA